UUCCUCAGCUCAACAGUAGAACUGCUCUUCACUUCUUAACUCAGCUAUGGCCAGCAAUUAUGUCCAAAAUGCCAUCCCAUCAGAACCGACCACUUACAAUAAUGAGGAGCUCCGGAUUGUGAUGGUGGGGAAGACUGGAGCUGGGAAGAGCGCCACAGGAAACACCAUCCUGGGAAAACAGAUCUUUAAAUCAGAGUUCUCCCCGAAAUCUUUGACUGAACAGUGUGCUAAGGCCUGUGGUGAGGUGGAUGGCCAAAUGAUUGCUGUUAUUGACACUCCGGGUCUGUUUGACACCAGGACUGAUGAAGAGAAGACGGCUGGAAAUAUUGUCCAGUGCAUUUGUUUUGCUUCCCCUGGACCCCAUGUCUUCCUGGUCAUCAUCAAACUGGACAGAUUCACUGAUGAAGAAAAGAACACAGUGCAGAAGAUUCAGAAAAUCUUUGGCGAGGAAGCAGACAAAUACAGCAUGGUUCUCUUUACCCACGGUGACCUGCUCAAAGGGAAACCUAUUGAGGAGUUCUUGAAGGACAGCGAAGACCUGCAGGAACUCGUGGCCAGAUGUAACGGCCAGUACCACGUCUUCAAUAACAACCUGGAGGAUCGUUCUCAGGUCAGCGAGCUGCUCUACAAGAUCAGACAUAUAACAGAGAAGAACGGAGAGAGCCAUUACACCACUGAAAUGUUCCAGAGGGCAGAGAAGGCUAUAGAAGAAGAGAAACAACGAAUCCUUGAAGUGGAAGAAGAGCAAAUGCGCAAAGAGAGGGAGGAACUGAGGAAGAAACUAGAGGAAGAGUAUGAGCAAAAAAUAAGGGCUGAGACGGCUAACAGGAAGAAUGAGUUAUGGGCAUAUCGUGAAAGAGAAAUGGAGAAGAAAAUAAAAAAACUGGAAGACAUACAGAAAAGGUGGGCUAGAUCACAAGCUGAGGAGAGUGAUCAAUUACUCAGAAUAUUAUUUCAGAUUUUUGUAACGGUUCUUUCUUGUUGUUUAAGUCUUCUGAGGUAGUGGACCUCUCCUUUAGGAGCUUGCAAUGGGCCCCAUUUCAUAUUAGAGACCGUGUCAUUGAAAUGGAGUGUUGUACAUGAGUGCACUGAAAGAGCGUGUACAUUCAAUGUGCUCAUAUUUCUGGUGAACUGAACUUAUCUGAUUCUAACUAAUGAACUAGCUCUGUGUUUUACAGCACCCAAUGAUUUAUGGGGUUUCGGUAUUGCAUUGUGUCAAAGACUGUUUCCAGUCUAUAGGGCCUAUGUGUUUACCCCUACCUAAAUCUGAACCAAACCAUAUCCCUUAUCCUAACCACAGAGGGAGGCACUACACAUUGUACACGGAGGGAAACACCAGUUAAUGGGGAAACAGACUUUGACACAACACCUGCAUGGCUAGUGCAAUUGGCAAUUCAGACACCACAGCUACUGGUACUGUUGAAGCCAGUUCAUUGAAUACUUGAAGGCUUUCUAUCAAAAAUAAAAUCAGUCCAGAUUCUAACUGAAGGAAUCUCAGAUUUUUAUAGUUAAUGUGUUGAGUCUGAAAAAACAAGUCUGAAUGUCAGUCACAUUGGCAAUGAAUUUGAAACGACACAUUAAGUUGAAGCAUCCUACCAAUGAACAUGAAGUAGUUCUUUGUUUGAGGGGACUAUGAACAUGGCUCAAAACUCAAAAUUGUAAAUUAUUCAUGUGAACGAAUUUAUUUUAAUCUGUGUGAACUGAGCUUUGAGCUAGCUCUUGUCAAGUGUGAACUUGCACAACAAUUGUCACAUAUUUGAAAUGAAAUGGAUUUUAAUGAGUGAUUUUAAUACUUUUUACUAUUUGAUUUUUAUUCUAUAUAUGGCAUGCUUGAGGAAUCUGGUACUUGAGGUAUGAUUUCAUUUAUCUCAGUAACAUUUUAGUGUCUUGGCUUCCUAUAAUUUUCAUUAUGUGAGUGACUUGGAUUUGCUUGUGCUGAAAUUGAUUUUUAUUUAGCAAUGAUUUAAUCAUGUUGGCGCUGGAUGAGAAUUAAAACACUUUCAUCAUUAUAAUCCUUAUGUUUUAAUGCUACUGCAAACAGUCUUUAAGCACCUACUUUGUCAGAAAUACAAUAUUCUUUUAACUGACUUUGUAUGCAAUUUACUCCCUCUUCUUUCUUGUCACACAGUAACAGCUCAACUGAUUUUUCAUACUUCAUUGUUAUGAAUGUUAUCUGCAAUCUUUAAAACAGAGCUGCUGUCCAAAAAAUGCCCAAAAUGCACACUGUCUUGUUUUCUAUACAAAUAUUUGAUGAAUGAUUGCUGUCAGUGCUAGACACAGUGACAAACACACUGCCUUCCUGUGGCUGUUUCACAAUAAAAGUCACUCUGAAUGCUUUUAAUGUGAGCAGCAGUAGUAGGAAAUGCUCAGUUUACAGAAGUAGUAACUUAAUACAGUCUUAAAAUGUGAACUUUUGGCAUCUUUUCCAAUAAUUCUUCUGUGCCUGUGAAGGGAAUUUGAAUGACUUCGUAUGGCUCUACCACUUAAAAAUAUUACAAGCUGGUUUUCAUGAAAGUCUGAAGUAUAAUAACUUUAAAGUCAGAAAGUCAUUAAAAAUGGAAUUGUGUGGUCAAAACAAAAACAGAAAAUGUUUUUAAUUCAUUAUUGGUAAUCUAUAAUAACUUUAAUGCCAGCAUUAGUUCCUGUUUCUUUAGGGUCUGUGUUACCAGGGAUUCAAAUUGUACAUGAAAUAUGUCUUUGACUUUGUGGACAUUGUGUCAUCCUCAAAGACUUGUGUGUGGUUUUAUGUCCUCUGCUUUAUAAUGUCAAAUAAACAAAGCAAAAAAAUUGUACGGGUGUUAAUAAUUGUACAAGAUGAUAAAUUUUUAGUACUGCUACAAAUUUUUAAGGGUAUGCUGCUGGUGAUCUUGAAAUAAAGCUGAUAUUAAACGAG